AUGGACAAGAUCCAAUUCCUAGCAGUUGCAGAUAACAUCUUCCCAGGUCCAGCCCUUUCACUCCUUCAGUCCACCUUCGAGAUGCCCGUGCUACUCCAAAAGCACGCCCCACACUCCAUCGCCAUCCUCCCCAUCUCCUUCCUCACGUCCAUCUCGCUCGUGGUCGUCCUCUUCUACCUCCAGUUAAUCUACGGGAUCUCCUUCAUCCUGCGCCCAUUCUGGCCCUGCCGCUAUGACUUUCCACCCUUGAGGCUUGCCAUGGAGCGAGCCGAAAGACUAGCCAUCGACAUAAUCACCGGCAUCGUCCCGCCGUCCGUCUAUCGCUCGCCGAUGCCGAGCGGCCUGCUCGUGCACGAGGACCCCAUCUGCCACCAGAUCACGACGGCCCUACACGCCUCGCAUGUAGGCUUUGACAGCAUGUGCUGUGCUCCUUCGCGCGCGGUUGACCUCGCCAACCCGCCGCAGUGCUACCCCGGCUCGCCACGAGGCCGCGCAUCGCCCAGUCUGCACCUCGAGAACCGGGUGCACGAGAGCCGCGUUGAGUACGCGCGCCCUUCGCCCAUGGACGAAGCGUAUCGCAACGUCUCUGAUUCCUCAUACUACGACCCCGUUAAAAAAUCUAUUACUUCCACCUGCCGCCCGCGCCCUGCCUUGGAAACCACCCAGCACCAGCAGGUCUUCACCCCACAACUCACCACUAAGCACCCGCGACAAGAAGACCACCAAAUCAUCGAGGUCGUGCACGGCACAUCCAUCGAUUCGAUCCCUAGUUCGCCCCCCUCUAUGUCAAGUCACCUGCGGUAUCAUUUGACGGGCCCAGCAGGCCGGGCGACGGGAUACCGUCUACCUCGUCACGCUAUACGGACGACUCGACGCAGCUGA